AUGACAGCCGUCCUGACCGUGUCUGCGAAGGCCACGCCCUUCCCAUUUGCAGCCAUUGCGGCCGCGGCUUACACUCAAAAGGCCGAGGUCAACUACGAGGAGUCUGCCUCCACGGUCACUUUCGACCAUGAAGGCUCCAGUAUCACUGCUGAAGAUCAGAUCGUCCAAGCUUUGGCUAAAGCUAGCGGACUGGCGGAGGACAGCUCAAAGACACCCGCGUACUUCGCACUCGCGAAAACCCUCUCCACCAGUACUGCCGUUCCCGAGAUCAUUGCUGCCUUGAAUGCGUUGGACAAUCACCUCGGGUAUCGCACCUUUUUGGUUGGUCAUGACAUCACUGCUGCAGAUUGGAUGGUCUGGGGUGCCAUCAAAGGGAAUAUCAAGAUCAUCGGUCUUCUCAAGAACAACUUACACAAACAUCUCAACCGGUGGCACUCGCAUCUCGAAUCACUGGAGUCCACGCAGGCUGCUCUUGCUGGGUUGAACGAAGCCAAGGCGAACAAGGCUCGAUCGAAUCAAAAGACAGCGUCGGGAUUCGCGCUCGGCCUCCAAAAUGCAAAGGAGGGAGAAGUGGUUACGCGCUUUCCGCCUGAACCGAGUGGCUACCUGCACAUUGGUCACACGAAGGCGGCGAUCUUGAACCAGUAUUUCGCUAAAAUGUACAAUGGCAAGAUGCUCAUCCGAUUUGACGACACCAACCCGUCAAAAGAACGAACCGAAUUUGAGGAGACCAUCCUCGAGGAUCUUAGCCUCUUGAACAUUAAGGGCAAUAGCAUCUCCCAUACUUCGGAUUACUUCGAUCAGCUUUAUGAUCUUGGCAUCAAAAUCAUCGAGUCGGGGAAUGCCUACGCGGAUGAUACCGAACAAGCCCAGAUGCGCGAAGAGCGCAUGCAUGGCAUUGCCUCAAAAAAUCGCGACGCUUCUGUAGAGGAGAAUCUUGCGCGUUUCGCGGAAAUGAAGAAGGGGACGCAGGAGGGUCUCCGAUGGUGUAUUCGCGCUAAGAUCAGCGUUGAUAAUCCCAACAAGGCUAUGCGCGACCCUGUCAUCUACCGUUGCAAUGUUCUUCCUCAUCAUCGCACAGGGGACAAAUGGAAAAUCUACCCCACAUAUGACUUUGCAUGCCCCAUCGUUGACUCUUUAGAAGGUGUCACCCACGCGCUGCGUACGAAUGAAUACCGCGACCGUAAUCCACAAUACCAAUGGAUGAUUUCCGCGCUCAAGCUGCGCCCCGUAAACAUCUGGGACUUCAGCCGACUCAACUUCAUCUAUACCCUCCUCUCUAAGCGCAAGCUACAUUGGUUCGUUGAUAACAAGCAUGUGCGCGGCUGGGAUGACCCGCGGUUCCCCACCGUGCGCGGGAUCCGAAGGAGGGGGAUGACGGUCGAGGCCCUGACGCAGUUUAUGUUGUCACAGGGACCGAGUCAGGCUGUUGUCUCGCUGGAGUGGGACUCGAUUUGGGCGCUGAAUAAAAAGGUGAUUGACCCAGUCGCCCCGAGGUUUUGGUCGAUCUUGAAAAAUAAGCCCGUCCCUGUCACUAUCACUGGCGGACCCUCCACCAUCGAGGUCAAGGCUCUUCCUAAGCACAAGAAGAACCCUGAAGUUGGCGAGAAGAAGACAGUUUACAGCUCUUCUGUAUUAGUGGAGCAAGAGGACGCCUUGUCGUUCGAUGACAAUGAAGAGGCAUGUAUCACUCUCAUGGACUGGGGCAAUGCCAUCGUGCGUUCCAAGGAGACGGAUGCCUCCGGUGCGGUGACCGCCAUCACGAUGGAGCUGAAUCUCGAGGGCGACUUCCGCAAGACAAAGAAAAAGAUAACUUGGCUCGCCCAGCCCACGUCCGAGCACCCCCUGGUAGAGGCGACUCUGUUGGACUACGACUACAUCAUCACAAAAAAGAAGCUCGAGGAGGGUGACGACGUCAAAGACUUUGUAACGCCUGUGACGGAGUUCCGCGAGGACGCGCUGGCGGACGCGAACGUGUUGGAGCUCAAGAAGGGCGACAUCAUCCAGUUUGAACGCAAGGGAUAUUACAUCUUUGACGGCAUCGUUGAGGGCGAGGCAGGGAAGAAGUGGGAAUUCAUUAACAUUCCUGAUGGACGGGCGUCUAGUCUGGCGAGCAAGGCGGGCGUGGGAGCGGCAGCAUCUGCCGAGACACAAGGGAAGGGGAAGGCUGCCUCACGAGCGGAGGACAAGGCUGCCGAUCCCCCCGCGGAAAUCAAAAUGUACAAGGUGGCGAAGAUCUACGGCGAAGAGCCGCCUACAACUGAGGGGGCAUCGAAGAUGUACGAAGUGAAGAGCGUAUAAGUACAGCCUGUAGGUGAUUAAGAGGCGUGACUGGCCUUGAUGGGUGUUGCAGCCGAUGUACGAGUACUGUGACGGCAUGACCGUCACGCCGUCAUCACAGUAAUUGAUCGGUUAUUUACGUGU